CCCACCCCACGGUCAAGUCUCCCUGGGCGGGGAAAGGAGCCGGAAGUUGGAUUCAGAGACAUUGGAGAGACCGGUGGGCACCGGGCACUGCGCAGUAGGGGAGCGGGCAUCAUGUCCGGUUACAUACCGGGGCAGCUCCCCUUGGACCGCAACCAGGAGAACGAGUUCGUUCGGGCUUAUGAGGGUGUGCUGGAGAGAUAUAAAGAUGAACGAGACAGAGUCCAGAAGAAAACUUUCACUAAAUGGGUCAACAAGCAUCUCAUCAAGGUUCGCAAACACAUUAAUGAUUUGUACGAGGAUCUCAGAGAUGGACAUAACCUCAUUUCCCUGUUGGAGGUCCUGUCUGGUGUCAGGCUGAACAAGGAAACUGAGGCUCCUCGGGGGCUUCGUCUCACCCGCCAGCCAUCCCGUCGCCUGCUGCUGAGUGAUGAAUCUGAGGACCACUCUGAUGAUGCUCCCAGAGAAAAGGGCAGGAUGCGUUUUCAUCGUCUGCAGAACGUGCAGAUAGCACUAGAUUUUCUCAAGCAGCGACAGGUGAAGUUAGUGAACAUCAGAAAUGAUGAUAUUACAGAUGGGAAUCCGAAACUGACCCUGGGAUUAAUAUGGACCAUAAUCCUUCACUUCCAGAUCUCUGAUAUUUAUGUAAGUGGAGAGUCUGGGGAUAUGUCAGCCAAGGAAAAGCUGCUCCUAUGGACGCAGAAGGUGACUGCUGGAUAUGCUGGGAUUAAAUGCACUAACUUUUCCUCUUGCUGGAAUAAUGGAAAAAUGUUUAAUGCCAUUAUCCAUAGAUAUAGACCUGAUUUGGUGGACAUGCAGAAGGUGGAAGUACAGAGUAGCAGAGAGAAUCUAGAGCAAGCAUUCGAGAUAGCAGAAAGCCUGGGGGUCACCAGGUUGCUUGACGCUGAAGAUGUGGAUGUGGAUUCUCCUGAUGAGAAGUCUGUGAUCACUUAUGUGUCUUCUAUAUAUGAUGCCUUCCCCAAAGUCCCAGAGGGAGCAGAGGGGAUCAAUGCCACUGAGGUGGAUUUGCGAUGGCUGGAGUACCAGGAAAGGGUAGGCUCCCUUACUCAGUGGAUCCGGCAACAUGUACUUCUGAUGUCUGACAAAUCUUUCCCACAAAACCCUGUGGAGUUAAAGGCACUUUAUAAUCAGUACGUACAUGUAAAAGAAACUGAAAUCCCAGCCAAAGAACAAGAGAAGGAACAAAUCCAGACAUUAUAUCAAAUGCUGCAGGCCUGGAUAGAGUUUGGCCGCCUUAAGUUGCCUGCUUCGUUUCAUCCCAAUGAUGUGGAGGAGCAAUGGGGGAAGCUUAUUCUGUCUAUGCUAGAAAGAGAGAAGGUUCUCCGGCCAGCAGUAGAGAGGCUUGAACUGCUUCUCCAAGUUGCAAACCGCAUCCAGAAUGGUUGCUUGAUUUGUGAAGAGAAGAUUACAUUGGCAAGGAAUACACUACAGUCUGAUGCAGCUAAUAUUGAGUGUGGACAGAGAGUUCAGCAGGAAAGUGAAGUGGUGCAGUUCCUGCAAGAGAGUGAAGGGCUUCUUAGACAGCUGCAGGCUGAUGUAAAGAUUCUACGAGAUGAGAAGUAUUUCCAGGUGGAGGAACUGGCAAUCAGAGUACUACGAAUUCAAGAUGAACUGCUGACGCUUAGAUUAGAAUGCACCAAUCUGUACAGAAGGGAAAAUUUCACCACAUCAGGUCUGCAAUCUUCCUUGCCUGUGAGCACAUCUCACCAGUAUAGCCUUCACACCUCCCCUUCUUCUUCUACCUCUUGGUUUCGAAAACCAAUGAGUCGCAUUGAACUGGUUGCAUUAUCAUCUUCAGAGGAUGAGGGCAGCCUAAGAUUUGUAUAUGAGCUGCUGGCUUGGGUGGAAGAGAUACAGAUGAAAUUGGAAAGAGCAGAAUGGGGCAGUGAUCUCCCUAGUGUAGAGGCUCAGCUAGAGACUCAACGUUUGGUGCACAGCAGUGUAGAGGAACUGACCUCUAGUCUGAGAGAAGCUCGGAGCUAUGAGAUUAAAAUGUCUCCAAAUUUCCGCACCAGCUACAGGGAAACCCUAAGUAAACUGGAGAUGCAGUAUUGCAAACUAAGGGAAACAUCCAGCUCCCGCUUACGCCACCUACAAAGCCUCCAUGACUUUGUGUCCCGAGCCACAGCACAGAUUAUCUGGCUGAAUGAGAAGGAAGAGGAAGAGCUGGCUUAUGACUGGAGUGAUGGUAAUUCCAACAUGGCAGCCAAGAAGGAGUACUUUGCUGAUCUUACCCAGGAGCUGGAUGAGAAGCAGGAUGUGAUUCAGUCCCUGCAGGAAAUGGCAGAAUUACUGUCAUUGGAAAAUCACCCUGCAAAACAAACAGUGGAGGCAUACAGUGCAGCAGUACUAUCCCAGUGGCAAUGGGUUCAGCAGCUGUGUCUUUGUGUAGAGCAUCACCUGAAAGAAAACUCUGCAUAUUUCCAGUUCUUUAGUGAUGUGCGAGAAUCUGAAGUUUAUUUGAAAAAUCUUCAGGACUCAAUCAAGAGAAAGUAUUCCUGCGACCGUAGCACUAGUGUCACUCGCCUGGAGGAUAUGUUGCAAGACUCAAUGGAUGAGAAGGAGCAGCUUAUCCAGUCAAGGAGUUCAGUCGCCAGUCUUGUUGGAAGAUCAAAGAACAUUGUCCAACUGAAGCCGAGAAAUCCAGAGCAUGGUCUAAGUAGCACACUUCCAAUCAGAGCCGUUUGUGACUAUCGGCAAAUAGAAAUUACAAUAAACAGAAAUGAAGAAUGUGUAUUGGAAGAUAAUUCACAUAGGACAAAAUGGAAGGUGAUUAGCACCACGGGUAAUGAAGCUAUGGUGCCAUCAGUCUGCUUCCUCAUCCCACCACUUAACAAGGAAGCAAUAGAUAUGUCAAACAGAGUGGAACAACUUUACCAAAAAGUAAUGUCUGUAUGGCACCAAUUGCAUGUAAAUACAAAGAGCCUUAUUUCCUGGCACUAUCUGCGCAAGGAUUUGGAUGUGGUACAAGGCUGGAAUGUGGAUAAGCUUAGGGUUCUGCCCCUUGCCGAGCGCUUGCAGACACUUUCCAGCCUCCAGUCCCACUUGGAUGAUUUCUUGGAAGACAGCAAAGAUUCUCAAAUGUUCUCAUCUUCAGACCGUUUAAGUUUAGAGCAGGAAGUGGAGUCCUGUAAGGAGAAGUGCAGAAAGAUGGUGGACUUAAUAGAAACAGAAGAUAAAGAUGAAUCUGUUGCAAAGAUGUACAUAUCGGAGCUCCAGAAUAUCCGUCUCCAUUUAGAAGACUGUGAGCAAAGGCUAGUAAGAAAGAUCCAGAGUCCUGCAGGCAGUGACGCUGAUGCUGUGCAUGAGAACACUAUUCGUAAAUCCGAGCAAGAGAGUAUGCAGGAGGAACUAAAGAGGUUAAAAUCUGAGUUAACGCUGGUUUCUGAGCGCUGUGAUCAUUUCCUGCAUCAGUCUCCGUCUGGCUCCAGUACUCCAAAUCUGCGUUCCCAGCUAGACCUACUUGUGGAAAGGAUGGACCACGUGUAUGGAUUGUCCACUGUGUUCUUGAAGAAGUUGAUGACGGUAGAUGUGAUAGUUCGAAGUCUGCAAGGAGCAGAAGCUCUUGUGAAAGGGUAUGAAGCUCGGCUAAGCCAAGAAGAUACUGUUCCUGCAGACCCAGCAGCUAUUCACAAUCAACAAGAUGUGUUGCAGCAAUGGCUCAGGGAAGCAGAAGAAAAGGACUGCAUCAUCUCUUCCUUGGGUGAAGAGGUGGCAAAGGCCAGGGAAGUGCAAGAGCGUUUGUAUCAGAUAAGCCAGGAACGCAGUAUGGAUGUGGAGCAUUAUCAGGACAGGACAGCUAAGCUACAAGAGCGCUGGAGCAGUGUACAUACUCAGCUGGAAACGCGCCAAACAGAACUGACAGGAAUCAGAGCAGUGCUGAGAAAUUACAGAGAGCGUCAUGAUCAUCUGAUUCAUUGGAUAGAGACCACAAAAUCACAGCAAGAAAUGAUGAAGCCUGGACAGUCUGAGGACAGAAGAGUCCUAUCAGAACAGCUUAAUCAACAAACGGCAUUGGUGGCUGAAAUUGAGAGAAAUCAGACUCGCCUGGAUGAGUGUCAGGCCCUCUCUCAGCAGUACUCUGUGUCAGUAAAGGAUUAUGAGCUGCAGCUGAUGACAUACAGGGCAUUUGUGGAGUCACAGCAGAAAUCCCCAUUAAAGCGCAGGCGCAUAUUUUCUUCCUCUGAUGUUGUUACACAGGAGUUUAUGGACCUGCGCACACGUUACACUGCACUAGUGACUCUUACAACGCAACACGUGAAGUAUAUAAGUGAUGCUUUGAGGAGACUUGAGGAGGAAGAGAAAGUUAUAGAGGAAGAGAAAGAUAAACACAUUGAAGAUAUGAAACAACUCUCAGGUUGGGUGUCCGGAUUAGUGAAUACUGCGUCUCCUUUAAGUACUGACCGUACUGAUUUGAAGAAAUCCAUCUUGGAGCGCCAGAUGCUUAGUGAAGAAUUGCAGUCAAAGAAGGAGCGUGUAUCAGAUGCUGUCAGAUCCAUGCAGGUUUUUCUGGCAAAGAACAGUGACAGGUUGUCCCCUCAAGAGAGAGAGGAACUAACUUCCCAGGUUGACGAGCUGAAGGCCACAUACAGCCACCUGUGUGAGAAGUCUGAAAACCAAAUUCAACAGCUUCAGGGUCAGCUUGCACAAGAGGCCGAGCAGAAGGAGAAUUGUGCCGUAGCUGGUGUUAUAGAUCUAGGCUCCAUGGAGAUAUUUCCCAUCUUUUGUGCCAUGCAGAAAGGCUUGAUAGACCAAGACACUGGCCUAAUACUUCUUGAAGCCCAGCUUGUUCUGUCUGGUUUGAUUGCUCCAGAGACAAAUGAAAUGUUAACGAUGGAAGAAGCUUUGAAGAGGAACAUGGUUGAUAAGAGACUGUUUCAGCAUCUUUUAGAUUUGAGGGAUGCUCUUAAAUUAAUAGGGAAUGUUAAAACUUUGAAACAUAAAGUAUUAUCCAUUGUUCAUGCAGUGAAAGAGGAGAAAAUCAAAGAAAAUGUGGGGCUGAAAAUUUUAGCUAUCUACUUAGAAAUAGAAUUUUUGAACAGAGAGCUUCCAGAACAAGAUAAUAUCCUUAAGGACUUGCCCAUUAGUGAAGAGGUUCAGCAGAAACUGUUGUCCACUUGUAAAAAUCUGAUUGAUCCAAACACAGCAAAGAGAGUGAGCCUAACAGAUUUGAUGGGUAGCUGUAUCAUUCAUGAGUCUACAGGGUUGAGACUACUCCCGGUCAAACCAUUUCCUGGUGGUAUGGUGUGUCUGAGACCAGGAAAGAAGAUCAGUCUAACCAGAGCAAUCCAAGAAGGCCUUGUUGAUAGACAAGUAGCUGUCAGGCUGCUAGAAGCCCAGCUGUUUGCUGGUGGAAUUGCUGAUCCCAAGACAGGGCACAGGCUUUCCAUUAAAGAAGCAAUGAAACAUAGUUUAAUAGACCAUGAUACAGCAUGUGCACUUCUCAAAAGACAACUCCAAAAUGGGGGUAUUAUAGAUGUUUUAACUGGACUCAGAGUUUCUGUGAAUGAAGCAAUAGAGCACAAUCUAGUGGCUCCCAAACAUGUUCUACAAGUUCUUGAGGUCUUAGGAGCAUUUCAAGGUCUGCUAAAACCGGAGUCAGGUGAAAUCUUACCCAUUGCAGUUGCCCUUGAGAAAAGUAUAAUCUCAAAUGAACUAGCUGAUAAGAUUCUUGGAUUUCGGCAAACGGCUCAUGGCUUCUACAUUUCUGCCAGCAGGGAAGUCUUGUUGUGGGAGAGAGCCGUGCAGUGUGGUAUUAUGGAAGAAAAUGAUGCCAGAAUGUUACAGUCUGCAGUGAUUCCUGAUAUAGUAGACUCUGUCUCAGAGUCUGGAGGUCAGUCAGCAUCCUUGUCUGCAUAUAGCAGUUUGCUUCCUGUUGACAGCAACCUACAGGCUGAGGGAAACAAAAACCUGCUCUCAAAUUUAAUGCACCACAGCUACAUAAAUAUUAAUGAUGGACACAGACUGUUGCUUAUUGACGAUAAAGAAAGCAGUGUAACAGAAUUAUUUUCAAAGUUUCACAAAAACACUUCCAGCAAAUAUGAUGAUCUAGAUAAGGUUAGAAAUCAGGGAACUAUGAUGUCAUUUAGAGAAAAACAAAGCAGUGAGUUGCAUGCACCUCUGUGUGUGCCACCCGAUGGGGACAAUAUUUCCUUGACUAAUACUCUAACAGUUUCUUGUCAAAUGGAUCCUGAAAGGCAGAAUCUGCAAACAACUGAAUAUAAUGUACCUUUGGAAAAAAUAUUGAUGGAUCAAAAAAUAUCAGUUAUCAAAAGCUCCCGCAAGAAAGGACAAAUUUUAUUUGAUGAGCCAAUAAUUUCCAUGACGGCAGAGGAUGAUGCAGAAAAAAACAUUUUACAACAUUCUAAUGCCAAUAUAGAGUUACGAGAUAACCAAUCUCUGAGUUUAUUAGUGGAAGAGAUUAUAGAAAAUGAGACUGAAAUAAACAAGUUAAAUAACCUUUCUGAUUCUUCAAGGGAAGGUGUAAUAGAUAAAGGCAAACCUUCACUUAAGAUAUCAUCUGAUCUUAACAGAAACAAUGUUAAUAUACCUGAUUUAGGAACUAUGCAUAUGUCAAAUUAUAAAAAAUCAAGUAAUGAGGCAUUCGAAAAAGUGUCAGUGAUGUUAAAGUCAUCAGUGGAUUUAAAAUCUAAAGAUUUAGAAAAGAAUGAUAUCCAUAUGCAGGAAGAAGCAAUCAGUGUGCCAGAUAUAGAAAAAGAUGCCAACGGUGUUCUUUCAUCUAUCGUCACAAGUGAGUUUUCCUUUGAUAUGGAAGAAGAGGAAACGUUGACUUCCUUAUGUGAACAGCUAAGAAACGGAGGCAUUCUAGAUAUAAACACCAAUCAGAAGUUACUUUUGAAUGAUGCUGUGACUGCAGGUAUAAUAUCCAGCCACACUGCUCUGAGACUCAUGGAGAAACUUGGUCUUUUUGCAGGUUUUUUUGACACUGAGAAUUUUGAGACAUUAACUGUUCAGGAGGUAAUUGAUGAAGGGCUAAUGGAUGAAUCACUUCUGCAGAAAGUUCUUACCUCAGACAAAGCAAUUAGUGGUAUUUUGGAUGUGCAAAACAACAUACUUUAUUCUGUGCAGGAUGCAGUAAAUGUUGGUCUUGUAGAUGAGAAAUUAGCCAGGAGAGUUUUAGAAACCCAAGUGAUCACAGGGGGUGUUUUUGAUGUGAAGAGAGGUAAAAGAAUUUCGGUCACUUUGGCUUCAAGUCUGGGUUUGGUGCACCCAUCUCAGCAGGAAGAACUAAUUAAGCUGGAAAAGGCCUCUAAAGGAAAGAUUACUGAUAAAACAACAAGACAAAAAUUGGUUGGCCUGCAGAUUGAAACAAGUGGGAUAAUUGAUCCACAGACCAAGAAGACCUUACCUGUCAUAAAAUCAAUCAAUCAAGGAAUUAUUAGUAGAGAUGAAGCUUUCCAACUUUUAUGCAAGCAAAUAGCAGAGGGUGGAAUCAUUCACCAUUUAUCAGGUUUAAGACUUUCUGUGAUUGAUUCUCUGAAACAUAGUCUUAUUGAUCAUGAUCUCUUUGAAGAUCUUGCAGAGUUUGAGUGCCUGAAUGAAUCUGGGCCACCCAAAUACUCUAAAGAUCAGAAUGUAUUAGAAACCAAAGAAAAAAACGUUUUGCCCAUUUUCCUCGGUACAAGAACUCCAUCUCACACCAACGCAGGGGCAGACAGAAUGGUAAUUCCGUACACAGAUGUUCUUAAGAAGUGUAAAAUUGAUGUAAAUAAUGGACAGAGAUAUCUGGAGCUUAAUUCUGCCUUGGAGACUGUGUCCCCUCCAGAGCCCAGGGAAGUUAAAGACUCAACUUUUUCACUUCCAGAUGUAACUUUGUUAACACAGAAUAAUAGACCUUUUUCAGAGACUGGUGCGUGCAUUACAUUUCCUCCUAUCAAUUUGCCAGAUAGUUUAGAAAGUGAAAGAAGCGUGAUAAUUAGUGAGGAUAAUGUGUCUGUUACAGGGGGAGAUGGUAAUAAAGUCCUGUCCUUUAUGAACCUUGACCCAAAGGAAAAAGAACAUUCCGCAUGGAAAGUUAGAUUUGAAGCUAACGUUGAGAGCAUGAGGGCACAUGACCAUGAUAUACCAAAGAUGGACUUAAGUCUUCCCUCAGACAUACUUCCACAAAUGGCUGCUGUAAAAAGCAUUUCAACUGAUGACACAUCUUUUGUCCCUGCAAAAAGUGAUGCUGUCAUUUUACAUGAAGAUAAAAUAAAUGCAGACAUGAACAUUGAGAAAGUAACAAGAUCAGAAACACACAGAGAGAUAGGUAAAUCUGAGAGCAAACUGAAACACUCAACAUUAUAUUUUGAUCCAAACACAAAUGCUCAAAAUGGGACACUAAUAGAAGAGUUUGGUGGAUAUGAUAUAGCCGUAGAGAAAAGUGAGAACUGGAAAUUGCCUGAAACAAAAAGUCAACAAGGUGAUCUAUGUUUAACUGCAGAGCACAGCACAGUCAUUAUCAACACAGAUUAUCAUGAAGCAUUUACACUAGGUGACAGGGCUGUUUCACAGGGUAAUAAUCAUACUGAUAACAGACAGUUAAAUGACCCUGUUUGUGAGCAUAAGUUACAAAUCUACAAGGAAAAUGCUCCUGAUAAAACUGACGCUUCAUUAUACUCACUUACCUCUAAAUCUUCUAUCAAGCAUGAGAAAGGAAGGUCAUUACUAGAUGUGAUUCAAAAACAGGUUCCCAAAACUGAUUUUGCAUUUCCCUGUAUAAAAACAGCUAAUGAAUUAGAUGUAGUAGAGAAAAGAGACUCAAACAAAACAUCCAAGCAAAUUGAUACUAUCUCACAAGAGUUAAGCAAGUUAGACACAACUUCACAACAGUUUCCAACAAGUCAGUUUGAUAGUAAGAAAGAACAAACUUUCGGACAUUCUCUGUCCAGACAUGAAGAGAUUUCACUCAUCAAUGAGCACUCUGUGCCACAGGAGAAUGUAUCCACUGCUAGAGUUGUGCACAAACCUGACAAUACUUCUGUGAAAAAAUCAAAUCUGUCAUCAAGCACAACAUUUAAAAAUAUCAUAGAAGAUACAGGAAUAAUUAGUCCACAUAGUGUUCAUUGGGAGAUAGAAAAAGAGAGAGAUGAAGACAGUCAACUUCACGAGUGGGAAAGUUCCUCAGAGGCAAAUGUCGGACAGGAAGAAACAGAUGUUCAUAGACCAUUUCUGGACCAAACUUCUGCAACCUCAGAACGAAGUAUCCAACAAGUGUUUGAUAUACCUCAGGCAGCCAGAGACGUGAAGGAGAAAACACCCAAGGCUUCCCAAGCCACUCGCAGCAAGCAGGCCUGCCUUUAUCACGAUGAGACUCUCUUGACUUACCUCUCAAUGGUGCGCGACAUUGAAGUGAGGCUGGGUCCUCUGCAACCACUUCCCCAAACUAUGCAAGAUUUGCAAGAACAGUUGAAACAGACUGAGGUUCUGGCCAAAGAAGUGAAGGAUCUGAUGUCCCCUGUGUGUGAGGAACUGAAUUCUGUUAAGCAGAUUGUCUCAGAUCAACCACCUGAAGUUCCAACUCAGCUCCUUGUAGCUUUAGAAAAAGAUUCAAAGAACCUGGAGAAAUCACUAACCUCCAUCAAAGACGUGUCAGAGAAUCGGGUCAGGCUUAUGCAAACUGCUCUAGAGGCUGAAAAGGUUAAAGUUCUGGCACAACACAAGGAGCUGGAGACCAAACUUCAGUCUCUGCUGCAGUGGGUUGGAGAUAGUGUGAGCUCGUUCGACAACAUGAAGAGCAGUCAUUGUUUAGACUUUGAUCUCAAUAAGCUGCAAAGUGAACUGACAUGUGCAGAGAAUAUGAGGCAGUCUAUAGCUGAUACUAGGCUCAAAUUGGACAGUGUUGCUUUUGAAAUUCAGCUCUUUAUUUCGGAAAGAGCCCAGGACUUGACCCCACAGCAGAGCCGAGUUCUUCUCCAUCUUCUGAAUGAGCUUCAGCGUUCCUUCCGGGAACUGUCAGAAAAAAUGGUAGCGCAGGACAAAGUGCUGCAGAUUCGUGAGCAACAAGCAAAAUCUAAUGCUGAAUUGAAGACUCUACAGGAACAGCAGGCUGUGUGCACCCAAGGACUAGAAGAACUUAGCUCUUGGGCAGAUGAAACAGAUAAAGCUGUGAGUGGUCAUCAAGCAACCCUUGGAAAACAUGACCUCUCUACCCUUCAGGACCAGCAGCACAGUAUUCGUGCGCUAAAUAGAGAUGUACAGGGUAAAGGAGAGAAGCUUAAAGGCGCAAUAAAAGCUGCAGAAGAAUUCCUUGAAGAGAAUAGGACUAAAAUGGAUCCAAAAGAGCUGGAAACUUUUCAGAAAAAAUUGCAGAAGGCAAAAGAGCAAUAUCACGCUGUGCUUCAGAGGACAGGAGACGCAGAGCGGCAACUAGACAUCGCCGUGAGCACAGCACUGCAGGAGGAGACUAAAAAGUCUAAAACUGCAGAAGAGCUGAAGUUAAAUCUGGACAGGAUCGAGUCUCUCCUUUGUCUCUCGUCGCCCAUUGCACAGUCUCGUACCAAUCAUACCUCACUGAGUAGCGGUACCUCUGUAGAGACAGAUUCAAGUAAUCAUGAAUUGUUCGAUGGAUGUCCUGCAGCGAAAACGGCAGAUCUUAUUAACACGCUUUUUGAGAGAAAGAAGGCUCAACACCAGGAGAUGUUGAAUAAACAGCAAGAUUUUAUCUUGACUAUACAGUCAGCUCAGGAUUUCCUUGACAAGCAUGGCAGCACUUUGCCACCCGAAGAACGGCAGCAAUUACAGGACCAGCUAAACCGCUUGAAGGAGGAAUAUGCAAACUCGUUAUCACAGGCCCAGUUGCAGCUGAAGCAUGCACAGGGCCUGCGAGAUGAGCUGCAGAACUUUCUUCAUGACCAUGGAGAGUUUGAGAGCUGGCUACAGAGCAGUGAGAAGAUGCUGGACAACAUGCAGAAAGGAGAAGCUGAUUGUGAAUCUCUGCAGCACUUGCUACAUCAGCAGAGUGACUUCUCUGAAGAUGUCAUAUCUCACAAAGGAGACUUGCGUUACAUUACAAUAUCAGGUCAGAAAGCCACUGAGGCGGAAAAGAUUGCUGCUGAGCAGUGUAAAGAAGAUUUCGAGGUGCCUCUAGCUGGAACACUAGUGAAAAAUAAAUUAGAAGAUGCUUCAAAGAGAUACAGCAACUUACACUCCAAGUGCUCCAAACUUGGCUUACAUUUGAACUCCACAUUAAGCCGAUACCAGCAGUUCAAAGAAGUGUCAGAUGCCACUCUAGCCUGGCUGCAAAACACUGAAUCAGCAGUUGAAAGGUCUUUAUCAGUCCCAGUAGCAUCGGAUCCAGAAGCUUUACAGGCCCAGCUAGAGAAAGCGAAGAGCAUGCAGGGUGAUCUUGCUGAACACCAAGUGCAGGUGGAGAAGGUUCAUAAGUCUCUCCGCUCACUGCUGGAGAUACAGGGAGAGCCUGCACCAGACUGCAGGAGCAUCCAAAAGAUGGCUGAUUCAAUAGACAGUCGGUUCCAAGCUCUCUCUGUCCAAAUGUCAAAUCAUUCAGAUUUACUUCAAAAGUCUGUUGCUCAGUCUCAGAGUGUCCAAGUCAGCCUGGAAGACCUUCUGUGCUGGUUGAAGGGGAUGGAAAAAGCGUUGCAAGACCAAAAACAUACAUCUAUGUCCUCUUCAUCAAUCCAGGAAUCUCUGGCAAUGAACAUGAAACUAAAGCAAGACAUCAACAGCCGCAGAGGAAGCGUUGAUGCAACUGGAGAGAUGGUAGGGAAGGUCAUAGAGACGGCUGACAGUACCGCAGCAUCUGCUCUUCAGAGCAAGCUUUCUGAGGUCACUGCAAAGUUUAACAAUGUCUGUCAGCAGCAGAAGCAGCAAGAGGAAGCACUGAAAGAGGUAUUGCCAAAGGUGGAAAGAUAUGAGCAGCUCUCAGAAGAGCUGCAGGAUUUCAUUUCAACUGGAUCACACUUGCUGGCCUCUGGAAACCAGCCUGAUAGAGAUAUCGCUCAAUUUUCUGAGCAAAUAAAGGAGCUGAAUACUGAGGUGAAGCAACAGGAAGAAAAUCUCAUUGCACUGGAACAACUGACCAAAGAACUAGUUGUAUGUCCCCUUCUUGUGGACUCUUCUGAGCACUCUCAGAAAGUUAAGAUGUUGAAGAAAGACUUUUUGGCGCUUUCUGAGGCAGCACAGGAAAGAGAAAAAGAGGCAGAAUCCUGCCAGGAAGAGUUAGACAAAUUCCGGAGGUUGGUUGGAUCCAUGAAGAAAUGGUUGAAGGACAAUGAGAAUAGUGUACCCUCAGCAGCAGACUCUCUGGGGAUACAAGAACUGCAGAUCAGACAAAAACAAGCCCAAGAUCUUCUGAAAGAAUGGAAAGCCAAAGAAUCACACAUGGAGGAGAUCACACAGAAGGGAUCUGAGCUGGAAAUGCGUAUAAUGGAGAUUACAUCACCAGAGAGCCAGCUACGUGGCGGUUCUGUGCUGAUGGCCUCAAUGAGCUCUGUAGGGAAUGUUAAUGGAUACCAUACAUGCCAAGAUCUGACUACUAUCCAGUGUGACAUCUCUGAAACUACCCAGAAGUAUGAAGAUUUGGGGCUACUUUUACGUAACCGUGAAGAGCAGCUAUCUGCCAUGCUGGAGAAGAUGCAAAAGAUCCAACAAGAGGCAGACAGCAUGCUUAAAUGGCUGGAAUCAAAAGAGAAAGUCAUUGCUGCAGUUAAUGUGUCCCCAACAAAAUCUGAUGUGAUGAGAGCUCAGGCUGAGCAAAACAAGGAGUUCCUCUCUGAACUUGAGCAGAGCUCUGGAAAACUGGAAAGUUUAAAGGCUGCACUGAGAGAUUUGCUGGAGAAGCAUCCAAACUCUCCAGAGGCUGAGACUUGGAAGCAAAUGCUGGAAAAUCUUGAUCGGCAGUGGGACCGAGCAAAUCAGGUAACCUCAGAGCGCCAGCAAAAGCUGGAGGAGUCUGCCAACCAGUUGGCCACUUUCCAGGCUGCAGGCUUACAGCUUCGCCCAUGGUUGACAGAAAAGGAGUUAAUGAUGAGUGUACUAGGACCACUUUCCAUUGACCCCAAUAUGCUGAAUGCUCAGAAGCAGCAAGUCCAGUUUAUGCUGAAGGAAUUUGAAGCUCGCAAGGAGCAAUAUGAGGAUUUGAAGCAGGCAGCUUUUGGCAUCUUAACUGGACCAGGAGACGAGUCCCCGUCCACCAGCCAAGUUGAGGAAGACUUCCAUGAAGUAAGCCAGAAAUGGACAGAGUUGACCAACCGUUUGAAUAACCGGGCUGAACAGAUUGACCAGGCCACCAUCAAAAGCACCCAAUAUCAGGAGGUCUUGCAAAGAUUGACGGACAAAAUAAAGCAAGCAGGAAGGAGACUGGGGUCACAGUCGGCUGUUGGUACACAGCCUGAUGCCGUGAAACAGCAGCUGCAAGAAACCAGUGAGAUCCGAUCUGACCUGGAGUCUCUAACUCAUGAGGUUUUAGAAGCUCAAGUUCUGUGCAACGAAUUGUCAGAUCUUGUGGUGGAACCAUACCUUAAGGAUGAGCUUCAAAAACGUGUGGAUACUGUUGCACUUCCACUGAAAGGAAUGGAAGAUUUGGCAGCUGAUCGGGUGAAUCGCCUUCAGACGGCUCUUGCCAGUUCUCAGCAGUACCAGCAGAUGUUUGAUGAGCUUAGAAGCUGGUUGGACAGCAAGCAGAUGCAGCAGGCUAAGUGUCCACCAGUAUCUGCCAAGCUAGAAAGGUUGCAGACAUUAAUACAGGAGCAAGAUGAAUUCCAGAAGAGCCUAAACCAAUACAGUGGCACCUAUGAAAUGAUUGUUACUGAGGGUGAGUCCCUACUCCAGUCUGCCCAGCCUGGACAGGAAAAAACAUCUCUGCAGAAUCAGUUACUGACUCUGAAGGCAAACUGGGAAGAGCUAGGAAAGAAGGCAGCAGAAAGACACAGCAAACUUAAAGACUGUUUUCAGAAGGCUCAGAAAUAUGGACGACAUGUGGAAGAUCUUGUGCCAUGGUUGGAAGAUUGUGAAACACAAAUGAAAGGAAUGGAUGUAACACUUGACCUUGUGCAAUUGGAGGCUCAGCUUCUGCGUGCGAAGGUGCUGCAAAGUGACAUAGACAAAAAACGUUCCCUCGUGGAGAUGAUGAAUACCACUGCUGAUAUUUUAAUUGAAGCUACUGAGGUAGAUGAUAGAGAGAUUCUAGAAGAGAAAGCACAAAUAAAUCAGCGUAUAGACAGCAUCACAGAAGAGUUGCACAUUAAAGCUAGUUCAAUUGAGGAGAUGUCUUUGAGAAUGAAAGAACUAAAAGACAGUUUUAAAAAUAUUGAUAAGAAGCUGGAAGGAGCAAAACAUGUUCUUGAAAUUUACACAGCCCUUGGCCCUCAAGCAUGCAGCACUAAGAACCUAGACAACAUCAGGUCCCAGCAAGACACACUUCACUCUUUGGGUACACAAGUGAAGUACUUAAAUGAUCUGAUCCAGGGAUUAGUAGAAGAUGCCCCAGCAGGCUCUGAUGUAUCUGAUCUUGUGCAUCAGGUUGAAGCAGUCCAGCAAGACUAUGAAACUGUGAAACAAGAAGUCAAUGAGUGUUGUUCGACUAUGGAGAGUAAAUUGCAAGGGAUUGGUCAGUUCCAUGCUCAUGUUCGGGAGAUGUUCUCUCAGUUGACUGAUCUGGAUGAUGAUUUAGACAGCAUGAGUCCAGUGGGUAGAGAUGUAGACAGCUUGAAGUCACAAGCUGAAGAUGUCCAGAAAUUUUUGGAUACUCUGCAGGGUUUGAAAUCAGACAUUGAAUGUUCAGAGAAAGAUUGCAGAGACAUGCUUGAAAAUGAAGGAGGCCCUGACCUUGUGGGGCUAAAACGGGAGCUUGGAACAUUAAAUAAGCAAUGUGUAAAAUUGACUGAACGAGGCAGGAAUCGUCAGGAGCAACUCGAAGCCACACUGGCCAAAGUAGAAGAUUUUAACAACAAACAAAAGGAGCUGAAACAACUGAUCUCGACUGCAGAGGGCAGCAGGUCUCUACAAGGCAUUGUGGGCACUGAAGUGGAUACCAUUAAACAGCAGCUGGACGAUUUUAAGGUGUUUCAGAAGGAGCAGGUGGACUCUCUUCAGGUUAAACUACAGCAGGUGAAUGGUCUUGGACAAGGUCUCAUUCAGAGUGCUGACAAAAACUGUGACGUUCACGGUCUGGAACAUGACACAGAGGAGCUGAACACAAAAUGGAACACUUUGAACAAGAAGGUGGCAGAGCGGGUCACACAGCUGCAAGAGGCAUUGUUGCACUGUGGGAAGUUUCAGGAUGCCCUGGAACCUCUGCUCAGUUGGCUGACCGACACCGAGGACCUGAUUGCAAACCAGAAACCUCCUUCUGCAGAGUACAAAGUUGUAAAGGCUCAGAUCCAGGAGCAAAAACUUCUUCAACGUCUCCUGGAUGAUCGUAGAGCCACAGUGGAAAUGAUUCAGGCAGAAGGACCAAGAAUAGCAGAGGGAGCUGAGCCUGGGGAUCGGGAGAAGAUAAAUCGCCAGCUAGAAAUCCUUGAGGAGAGAUGGUCCUCCCUGCUUCAUAAGGCACAAUCAAGGCAGCAACAGCUGGAUGGAAUAUUGGUUCUUGCAAAGCAAUUUCAUGAGACCACUGAGCCUAUAUUUGACUGGUUGUCAGCCAUUGAGAAGAAGCUGGCAAAUUCAGAGCCAAUGGGCACACAGACCAGCAAAAUUCAACAGCAGAUUGCACGUCAUAAGUGCCUAGAGGAUGAUAUAUUAGUCCGCGAGACUGAUAUGCAUCAAGCAGCCACUCUAGUUGGCUCCCUUGCUGCACUCUGCUCUAAAGCUGAGCAAGAGAGGCUGGCGCACAAACUAGACUUUCUGCAGGCUCGGUACGGUGAGUUGCAGGACCUGUGCUCCAGGAAGGCAGCUCUUCUCAAACAGGCUCUGAGCAACGCCAGGUUGUUUGGUGAGGACGAGGUGGAAGUUCUGAACUGGCUGGCAGAGGUAGAGGACAGACUGAGCUCUGUGUGUGUGAAGGACUACAAGCUGGACAUUCUGCAGAAGCAGCACAAAGCCCAUGUGGCUCUCAGUGAAGAUAUAUUAAACCGGAAAAGGAAUGUGGACCAGGCUGUGAAAAACGGCCAAGCAUUGCUAAAGCAAACAACAGGAGAGGAGGUGCUUCUGAUCCAGGAGAAGUUGGAUGGUAUUAAAACACGUUACUCUGAGAUCACCACAUCCAGUGGAAAGGCUCUUCGGAAUUUGGAACAAGCACUGCAGCUGGCUGACAAAUUCCAGGCUACUCACGAAGAACUUAUUAGCUGGCUGAAGCGGGUUGAAGAUGAGUUGGCUCAGAGCAGUGGGCAGUCACCUGCUGGAGAUCAGAUUCCGCAAUUCCAACAACGGCAAAAGGAGCUAAAGAAGGAGGCUAUGGAAUAUCGUAUCAUCCUUGAUACAGUUAAUGAGGUUGGCAGUGCCCUACUGGAGCUGGUACCAUGGCGGGCUCGGGAGGGACUAGACAAGCUUGUUUCAGAUGCCAAUAAUCAGUACAGAUCCGUCAGCAACACCAUUGGACAGAGAGUGGACCAAAUAGAUGCAGCGAUACAGAGGUCACAACAGUAUGAACAAGCUGCUGAUGCAGAGUUAGCCUGGGUGGCCGAAACCAAGAGAAAACUUCUGGCUCUAGGUCCAAUCUGUUUGGAACAGGACCAGACAACGGCCCAACUACAAGUGCAAAAGGCAUUUUCCGUAGAUAUUAUCCGCCACAAAGAUUCUAUUGAUGAACUUCUUGGCACUCAGGAAGAAAUUCUGGGAACAUGCGGAGAUGGGCAGAAAGCUAUUUUACACGAGAAAACAAAGACUCUUCUGCAACAGUAUGAAGACGUAAGCCAUUUGAACUCUGAGCGUUAUGCCCGGCUAGAGCGAGCUCAGGUUCUUGUGGGUCAGUUCUGGGAGACUUUUGAAGAGUUACAUCCAUGGCUUGAGGAAAUGCAGACCCUGAUAUCUCAGCUACCUCCACCUGCUGUAGAUCAUGAGAUGCUUAGACAACAGCAGGAAGACAUUCGGGAAUUAAGAGAAUCGGUUGCUGAGCACAAGCCUCAUAUUGACAAGCUGUUAAAGAUUGGUCCUCACCUGUGUGACCUCAAUCCUGAGGAUGGUGUAGCCGUGCAGGAGAAGUAUAAGCGAGCGGAAGUAAUGUAUAGUGCCAUCAAGGAGGAAGUGCGCAACAUUGCAAUGGCACUCGAUGAUGCUGUGUCACAAGCAGCUCAGUUCCAUGACAAGAUUGGGCCUAUGCUGGAGACUUUGGAGAGCCUGGCAUCUCGCCUCCGCAUGCCUCCUAUUAUUCCUGCUGAGGUGGAUAAAAUUCGGGAUUGUAUCAGCGAGAACAAGAGUGCACUUAUGGAGCUUGAGAAACUACAGCCAUCAUUUGAAGCUUUGAAGCAUAGGGGGGAGGAGUUGAUCAGCCACUCACAGGGAAUAGAUAUGGAUCCAGCAGCCAAAGCCAUCCAGGAUAAACUGGACCAGUUGAUGUUCUGUUGGGAGGACAUAAAAACUCGUGUAGAAGAGAGAGAAAUGAAAUUCCUUGAUGUCCUUGAAUUGGCAGAAAAGUUCUGGCUAGAUAUGGGUAGUCUAAUAACAACCAUCAAGGACACUCAUGACAUUGUCCAUGAUUUGGAGAGCCCUGGCAUUGACCCAUCAAUGAUUAAACAACAAAUUGAAGCAGCAGAUACUAUCAAAGAAGAGAGUGAUGGACUCCAUGAAGAGCUUGAGUUCAUUCGAAUCCUUGGAGCAGAUCUUAUUUUUGCUUGUGGAGAGACAGAAAAACCAGAAGUGAAAAAGAGCAUUGAUGAGAUGAACAGUGCUUGGGAAAACUUGAAAAAAACAUGGACAGAACGUCUGGAAAAAUUGAGAGAUGCAAUGUCCAAUUCAGUGCAAUAUCAAGACACCCUACAGGCUAUGUUUGAUUGGCUGGAUAACGCCGUUAUUAAAUUGUGUGACAUGCCUCCCAUUGGAACUGACAUUAGCACAGUUAAAGACCAGAUCAAUGAGAUGAAGGAAUUUAAAGUAGAGGUUUACCAGCAACAGAUAGAAAUGGAGAAGUUAAGUCACCAGGGAGAACUAAUGCUUAAGAAAGCAAUUGAUGACACCGAUCGGGACAUUAUCCAAGGACCUCUGACUGAGCUGAGACAUCUUUGGGAGAAUCUGGGAGAAAAAAUUGCACAUAGACAGCACAAGCUGGAAGCUGCUCUAUUGGCCCUUGGUCAGUUCCAGCAUGCACUGGCUGAACUGAUGUCAUGGCUGACGCACACAGAGGAGAUGUUGGAUGCUCAGAAACCCAUCAGUGGAGACCCCAAGGUUAUUGAAGUAGAGCUUGCAAAGCAUCAUGUUUUAAAAAAUGACGUACUAGCCCAUGAAAGUACAGUGCACACAGUGAACAAAGCUGGGAACGAGCUGGUGGAGUCCAGUGCAGGAGAUGAUGCGAACAACUUAAGGACUCGUCUUUUAAAACUUAACCAGUUAUGGGAAUCUGUUCUUCAAAAAACAGAGGAACGGGAAUAUCAGCUGGAUGUGGCUCUUCAGCAGGCUCAGGGAUUCUCUGGGGAGAUUGAAGAUUUCAUCCAAUGGCAGAGCAGAAUAGAAAGCCAGCUAUCAGCAACACGAUCUACUGGUGGCCUGCCAGAGACUGCAAGGGAGCAGCUCCAGGCGCACAUGGAAUUGUAUGCUGAGAUCAAAGCAAAUGAGGAUCUGUACAAACAACUUCUUGACAAAGGACAGUUAAUGUUACUUAGCCGAGAUGAUGCAGCAGGCUCCAACACUGAGCUGAACGUGACGCUUCUCAAAAGAAAAUGGCAAAAUAUUAGCACCAAAGUGGAAGAGAGAAAGGUAAAACUCGAAGAGGCUCUCAAUCUGGCCACUGAUUUCCAGAAUUCGCUGCAAGACUUCAUUAACUGGCUGACGCAAGCCGAGCAAAGUUUAAACAUUGCUCCCCACCCCAGCCUCAUCUUGGAUACUGUUCUUUUCCAGAUAGAUGAACACAAGGUUUUUGUAAAUGAAGUGAAUGUCCACCGUGAGCAAAUUAUUGAAUUGGACAAAACUGGGAACCAGCUGAAGUUUCUCAGCCAGAAACAAGAUGUUGUCUUGAUAAAAAAUCUCCUCCUCAGCGUCCAGUCCCGAUGGGAAAAGGUGGUGCAGCGUUCUGUGGAGAGGGGACGAUCUCUGGAUGAUGCCAGGAAACGAGCCAAGCAGUUCCAUGAAGCCUGGAAGAAAUUAGCAGACUGGUUAGAGGAAGCUGAGAAUCACCUGGAUUCAGAACUGGAAAUCUCCAAUGAUCCAGACAAAAUCAAGCGGCAACUCACUAAGCACAAGGAUUUCCAGAAGACCCUAGGAAGUAAGCAGCCUGUGUAUGACACCACAGUUAGGACAGGGCGUGCGUUGAAAGAGAAGGCUUUGCUCAGUGACGACGUCCAGAAGCUAGACCAUCUUCUUGGAGAAGUGAGAGAUAAGUGGGAUACAGUGUGUGGCAAAUCAGUAGAAAGGCAGCACAAGCUGGAGGAGGCCUUGCUUUUCUCAGGCCAGUUCAUGGAUGCUUUGCAGGCACUGGUCGAUUGGUUGUACAAGGUGGAGCCUCAGCUGGCUGAGGACCAACCAGUGCAUGGAGAUUUAGAUCUUGUGAUGAAUUUAAUGGAUGCACAUAAGGUCUUCCAGAAAGAGCUUGGUAAAAGAACCAGUAGUGUACAAGCGCUAAAACGUUCAGCCCGUGAGUUGCUUGAGAGCAGCAGAGAGGACACAACGUGGGUGAAGGUUCAGCUGCAGGAACUUAGCACGAGGUGGGACACAGUCUGCAAACUUUCAGUGUCCAAACAGACACGUCUGGAGCAAGCACUAAAACAGGCCGAGGAGUUCCGCAGCACAGUGCACAUGUUACUGGAAUGGCUUUCUGAAGCUGAACAGACCCUACGUUUUAGGGGAGCAUUACCUGAUGAUGCUGAAUCCUUACAGUCACUUAUUGAUGUCCAUAAGGAAUUUAUGAAGAAGGUUGAAGAGAAGCAGAUAGAUGUGAACACAGCUGUUGCUAUGGGAGAAGGAAUCCUAACCACGUGUCACCCAGACUGUAUUACCACCAUUAAGCACUGGAUUACCAUCAUUCGAGCACGUUUUGAAGAGGUGUUGACCUGGGGGAACCAGCACCAGCAGAGGCUGCAGACUGCCCUAUCUGAGUUAGUGGCCAAUUCUGAGCUUCUAGAUGAGUUGUUAAACUGGAUCCAGUGGGCUGAAACCACACUAAUUCAGCGGGACCAAGAGCCUAUGCCUCAGAACAUUGAUCAGGUCAAAGCGCUGAUAUGUGAGCACCAGCUGUUUAUGGAGGAAAUGACGCAGAAGCAGCCAGAUGUUGAUAAGGUGACAAAGACCUACAAGCGAAAAACAACGGAUCCCAACCAUGAAAAGACCCGUAGCAGGAAACCUUCUGUGCAGACCUCUACUCCAGUGCUUCCUGUCAUCUCGCAGUCAGAGACCAAGAACCCAAGGAUCAAUCAGCUGUCCGCACGCUGGCAACAAGUAUGGCUAUUAGCCUUGGAGAGACAGAGGAAGCUGAAUGAUGCACUGGAUAGGCUAGAGGAGUUGAAGGAAUUUGCCAACUUUGACUUUGACAUCUGGAGGAAAAAGUAUAUGCGCUGGAUGAAUCACAAGAAGUCUCGCGUUAUGGAUUUUUUCCGAAGAAUAGAUAAAGACCAAGAUGGAAAGAUCACCAGACAAGAAUUCAUUGAUGGAAUAUUGGCUUCUAAAUUCCCAACCACUAAGCUAGAGAUGACCGCCGUAGCUGAUAUAUUUGAUCGUGAUGGGGAUGGAUACAUAGAUUACUAUGAGUUUGUUGCUGCCCUUCAUCCCAACAAGGAUGCCUAUCGCCCAACCACAGAUGCAGACAAGAUUGAGGAUGAGGUCACCAGGCAAGUUGCACAAUGUAAGUGUGCAAAAAGAUUCCAGGUGGAGCAGAUCGGAGAGAAUAAGUACAGAUUCUUCCUAGGGAACCAGUUUGGAGAUUCUCAGCAGUUGAGAUUAGUACGUAUCCUGCGCAGUACAGUAAUGGUCCGUGUUGGUGGUGGGUGGAUGGCAUUGGACGAAUUCUUGGUGAAGAAUGAUCCUUGCAGAGUUCAUCAUCCUGGAAAUAAAUUAAAGAGAACCAAUUCCACCUCUUCUAUAGCAAGAGGAAGAACAAAUCUGGAGCUGCGAGAAAAGUUUAUUUUGCCAGAAGGAGUAUCGCAGGCAAUGACCCCGUUCAGGUCUCGGGGGCGGAGGUCAAAACCGUCUUCCCGAACUGCUUCUCCCACACGAUCCAGCUCUAGUGCCAGCCAGAGUAAUCAUAGCUGCACAUCUGUCCCUUCUUCACCCGCUACACCAGCCAGUGGCAACAAGACGCCACAACAGCCAUCUCGCUGUUACGAGAAGCCUUGGCUUGUAAACAGCAAAGCUAGCACUCCCUUUAGGGGAAUGGAAUAUUCAGACUUCCACAUCCCAUCAUGUGAGGUAACUCCAGUUCAGAGCAACAAACUGAAGAAAGCUGCCAUUCACACAAGUCGCUCCUCACUCACAGGAGAUACACCUACUGCCUCUGCUGGCAAAUCAGGCCGUGCUGAUCCAAAGAAGAGUACGAGUCGUGCUGGAAGCCGGGCAGGGAGUCGUGCAAGCAGCCGAAGGGGAAGUGACGCCUCUGAUUUUGAUCUUCUAGAGACACAGUCUGCUUGUUCAGACACCUCUGAGAGCAGCGCAGCAGGUGGUCCAGGCAGCUCUCGGAGAGGACUAUCCAAACCUUCCAAAAUACCUACAAUAUCCAAGAAACCUGCCAGCGCUACAAAAACUCCAAGAACCAAGAGAUAGUCUCUAAAAGAAUACUAGCUUGGAUCAUUUUUACCGUAUUGCGUACAUCUGGAUGUACGUUUGUCUACAAUGGGAACUUUCUAUUGGCUGAACAUGUACACAAAAGGAUUGUUGACAAACUGCCUUAUUUUUUUUUGUAUGUUACUACUUCCAUGUGAAUAUUUCUGUAGAUAUAAAUCCUCGUUAUGGUGAAUUCCUUGGUUAUUCAGGGACUCAAGCAGAAAUCUACAAAUUGUGACAGUAGGCAACUAACAUGGGAUUAUGUGGGAUAUGAGACCUACUUUUUAGGGUUGAUAUCCUAGGGCGACACUACAACAUUUUAAUAGGGAAGACCCCUGUUUUGUAUAUGAACAAUACUUUAGUAGACGGCAGAGAGGGAUCGGGGGAGUGACGUGAUUCCUUUUAAUAGAAAACUUUACUUUAAAAAAAAAAAAAUGGGAUUUAUAUCUGAAUUGACAGCACUUGCACACCCUGCUAUAAUUUUAAAUAAAAGAUUGCAAGUUUUGCGACUGCCAUUUUAAAGGACAAUACAUGUUGCAUCAGGAAGCAGCCACAUGUGUGGGAGAUCAUAGCUCAGCAGAGAACAAACCAUUUUCCUUCACCGCCAUUUUGCACUCAUCUUGGUUACGCUGAUUUCUAAUUGUAAACUACAUUUGUUUUAUUUAUCUGCAUAGAAUUUUCUUAUUUAUUAUUUAAAUGGUCAUUCCACUUACAUUUUGUGUGUAAUGUUCAUUUCUUUAGAUAAAUAUUAAUUUACGUGUCCUUUAAAUGAGACUCACCAGCACAAUUCUUCCUCACCCUCUGACAGACGGACCCUGCAGGAUGGGAGUAAAUGAGGGAAAACAUCCUGUGAUUAACUAAUGUUCUGACCAGGCUGCUGUGUGAUUUUCUCCAUUAGUUUGCAAAAGAAAUUGAUGCUGUACCAAUGAACUGUUAUAAAAAAAGACACAUUUUGUAUUAAAAUUGCUUGCAGUAACACCAAA